CUCCUUCAAGUUAGCACCGACCCAAACAAGCAGGAAACAGGAAAUGUUGAAGUUUCAACCGGGCUGAAACUGCGCGCAGCAUCACGAUGCCGGGGCGCGCGGAUCCCGGGGCUCCCCGCGCCGCACUCGUCCUCGCGGUGGUCAUCGCGUUCCUCCCCACCCGCCCGGCGAAGGAUUUGGAGGUAACAGAACUAUCAGGAGAAAUGCCCACAGACAUGGAAAGCCUGGAUGAAGGGGCUACGGCUCCAAGCACAUUUGCUUCGAUGACCACAGAAACAUUCACUGCCAAUGUGAAUUCUAGCCUUUUUACUGAUGAAGAUACAGAUACAGGCGAAUUAGAGUUCAUAUUAAUGGUGUUGAUCCCAUCGAUUUUAUUGGCCAUCCUACUUUUAUCAGUGGUGCUCCUUGUAAUAUACCAUAAAAGAAAAAGGAAUAAACAAGAGCCCUCUAGCCAAGGAUCUCAGAGUGCUUUACAGACACAUGAACUGGGAAGUGAAAACGUGAAAGUCCCUAUUUUUGAGGAAGACACACCCUCUGUGAUGGAAAUAGAAAUGGAAGAGCUUGAUAAGUGGAUGAACAGCAUGCAUAGAAAUGCUGACUAUGAAUGUUUACCUACUUUAGAGGAAGAAAAGGAACCAAACCAAAACAACCCAAGUGACAAUGAAUCCUGAAACUGAAUGGUGCUAACGUUUUCCGAGAGCAGCAGCCCCGGAGGGAGCCUGCUGGGCCUGCCAGCAGAGGAUGAAGAGGGUCCGAAUUUAAUUAGUUUCACAUCAACGUAAACACAAGAACCUUUUGCUGUUUCUUCCAACGCCCACUCUUCCGACGCCCGAUGCAUCGCCUGUACUUGGAAGAAUGCUCGAUUGAGACGUGCUAGGCAAGGACCUGGCUGCCAUCCAUCGCUGAGGGUGGAGGAACCCUAAGAUGCAGUCAGCGCUCAUCAGUGGGUGUUCCCUCCGCUCAGCCAACCCCUAGCUGACGUACCAUCACCCCGGCCACGCUCUCAAGUCCUUGUCACCUUUCUGCGUCAUUCCUCAGGGUACAAAUCAGGAAGCUGUCCUAUCUAUGGUUUCCUUCUGGGUCACCUUAUGACCUAGUUAGCUUUGGAUAAUUUCCUCUGAUUAGUCAAGUUCUCUGAUAGGUCAGUUAUAUUCAGUGGGAACUUUGCACAAGGUGAGUUAUGUCAUGGAAAAGACAGCAAGCAAAGCAAGUGUUUCAGUGUGCACACCGUCCCAAGGGGUGGGUAAGCUCGUUUCCACCUGCUAUGAGGCACAGUAUGAGAGCCCGCAGUCCUGAAGGGAUGCUUUCUGGUGACGUGGACCCUGAGUUGACCAGGUGAUGGAGGAGUGGAAUUUUCAACGAAAGAGCAGCUGUUUUCCUUCUCGGCUAAAAUCAGCAGCUUGUUCCCCUUUCCCCAGAGCCAUCCCUGUCCUGAGCGCACCUCCCUCACGUGUGAUGUGUGGAUAGAUGCGUGCAGUUGGGUCUUCUCCGUCACCUUCUGUGUCUCUGUGAUCUUUAAGUUUGUUUGGAAUAAACAGAACAGCAGCGGGCUCUAUCUGUGCCCGAGGCAGGUACCCCUCCUUUGCACUCAGGAUCUUUCCUGCCAGCUGGGACAGGGCUGGUGUCCUCAACUCAGCUCCCAGGAGGCCACCACUGGUCCAUCAGAGAUGACAUUCUACGUGAUAUUUGUUGACAUCCUCCUGCUAGAAGCAGCGGCAGAAAAUGCAGAAGGGCCUGUUUAUCACUCCCACUCACGUAAAAUCAAUCUCCAUCUAAUCCUUAAUUUUCCAAUUCUGACCUUUAAAGCAAUCUAGCAAAUUAGGAGUCCUCAGCUCUUCCAUGGCACCUGGUGUUUUAUUCCGGGAAAGAAACAAAGAAUGAACACUGUACUUUACUCCCCACAUAUACACUGAGGGGGGUUGAGGUUCACCAAACAUUUGCUGCUGAAUUUGGGGUCUUGUGUUUGAAAGGCUGCCUUAAUGCAUAAUGAAAACGGUCCUCCUUUUUUGCAGAAUCCCUUUAAGCAGCACUUGCCUUCUGCACUACACCCACAAUUUUAAAGGCAGAGUUCCAAGCCAGGGAGGUCUUUCCACCCCAGUGAAAUAUAGAACUAUCUGGCUGUGUUUAACCACUGCUCUUACGUCAUCCUGGGACUGCAAAGAGCUUCGGCAAAAGACAGUCUUGAUGGUACAGAACCGCAACAGAUCUGUCUGUUGUAUUCUCUUCAGCACAUCCUAAUAUGGUGUUUUUGUUUUCAUUGCUGUUUUGCAUAUUCAUAUUCAACUUGUGAUUCACAGUGACUCUCAUGGAAUAUUUAUUCCAAAAUUGCCACUUUCCAAAUCAUCAUUUCUGCCUGUCUUGUUACUUUGUUUCUCAUCAACAUUUUGACUCUCCAAAGAGUCUCUUCUUUCUCUAGGUGUCUAAGAUUUUUGCUGAACACUUAGGCCUGUAAAUGUCAACCGAGCCUAUCAAAUAAUGGACUUUAGCAGUUCAGAGAAGGAUAGGGGGUCUUAGAAUCUUACUUUGAUGAAGCAAUAUUUUAUCAUAUGGUUAAAAAUAGUCUCAUUCAGUAUUUGAAAUGACUUCAAAUUCCAGAAGAAGCAAGCUUCAGCAAUAUGUCAUUGAGUUUAUAUGUGGAAGAUGGACUAACCUCUGUAAUUGCACAAUGUGCAAAGCACUUUAAAAAAAGAUAGUUUAUUCUGGCCAGAUAUAUGACAUUCGUGUGGGUCACAAGAGCCCAAGUUCAAUUCUAGUGCUCUGUAUCUUUUUAUUACUAUCCAGUCAAGAGGCAUCAUACACUAUGAUCAUUCCAAGAAUUGUUUUUAAACCCAAACUUAGUUUUCAUGUUUCAGAUUACUGUUAGUAAAAGUCUUAAUAAUGUGUCUUAAUUGGGUAGCCAAUCAGAGCAAAAUCUGACUUUGGAAUAUUUUCAAGAUGUAUAAAUUUUAUCGCAUCUUUGUACAUAUUAAGCAAGCUAAGUUAACAUUGCCUCAUUGAACUUCUCAGGAAACUUGUUAUAAUAAAUAUGGGAAAAUCUCCAUCUUAACUCAGUGAUGUGACUCCUCUCUCUGGGAAGGUCAUUGUUGUCCAAACACGGAGCACAUAGCAGGGGUUAACCUUGACGUCCAGGGGGUGACACAUGCUUCCAAUCACCCUUGUCGUCUAAGAAUGUAAAGGGGCGCUUUCAGAAAACGCUUUCGUCUGCUCUUUUAUUUUGGUUGUUUAAACUGUCAGUUUUCACCGUCUCUGGAAGAAGGCCCUUAUGUUGAGUAAACAUAAAGCGUACACAUUAGUUUCAGCUUCUGUCAGAAUUAGUACAAAUUCUGAAUAGAGUGAUAAGAUGUAGCUUCCCACUGGGAAGACACGGCUGAAAUUCUCACUGCAAGGAAAACAGUGACACGUUCUACGGAAUUAAAUUUACACAUGCUGCUUUUUCACACUCAGGAUGAAUUCUGGGGUUUCCAUUUAAUAUCUACAAUAGGCGGUACAGCGUACCUUCAUUCAUAGAUUACAUUUCUUCGCUCUUACGAUAACCAGAAGAUCACCGUAUAUCAGUGUGGCAUGGAAGUAGUCAAAUUGGUUAUUGAUAAUUGCGUAACCCAAACGCCCAAUUGCCUGAAUUAUUUAUUUUUUUGAACAGCUUUUUCACAUUGCUUUGAUACUCUCUUGUUUGGUACUCAAAUUUUAUUUUCCUCUUAGUCCUUUUGUAGAUAUCUGGUGGGGUUUGUUUUGUUUUUUUGCCCUAUUAUCUCUUAUAAAUAACAUGUUACAUUCAUGAGAUAGCAGUCCAUACAAUUAUAUGAAAUAAAACUUUUUUUUAUCAUCUCUGUAGAUGCUCUAAGCCCUUUUUGAAAUGAUACUUUAAGAAGUUAAAUUCUUAAACCAAAGUGCUUACAGUAACAUGAAAACUUCAAUCUCAUUGCUGUACAAGAUUAGAAAUAUAUAUUGAACGACUUGAGACAAUCACAGGUGAGUGGGGUCCCUUGCCAAUUGGUCUCCAGGUGCAGAAGGCCCAGUUAAUCAUCCUCCUUAGUUCCCAUCACAUUCUCAUCAGUGGCCUUUGGUAGGUUAUAAAUAAUUGGACUUUCUACAAAAAGCCUAUUUUUCACAUUUUUCACUUCUUUUGUCUGCAUGGAAAGGACUAAAUUAAUGAUCUCUAGGUACUACAAACAGUAGGUGACAUCUUUUCCAGUGUAAAGAUCAGUUGAGAGUAACCACUGUAUUACUCUGACUUAGGUGAAACCCCUGCUGUUAUAAAUAACAUAAGGAACAUGUAAAAACUGCGUGUUUAAUAAAUGUCAGCUUUCAGGAAGAGCCGGAAUUACAGUGAUUCAACAAGUUAAAUAACAACCUCUUAGCUCAGUACUAAUUUAGUAUUGUGUAUCUUGCUUUUAAAGUUAAAAGUGAGAUUAAUGCUAAAAAACAAUUCUGCAUGAGAUGCUCUCAUUUUACAAGCAAUGUAAAGUAUUUCCUCAGGAGGUCAGCAAGAUCAUCUGACGUCCUAUUUAUCACUUGGCUUUUGUCCCAGCAAUACAUAAAUUCUACCUCGUAAGCCUCAUACAAGAAAUGGUCCCAUUGCUACUGAUUGGAAGUGAUUUGCAAGACUAUCAAAGGUUUACGAUUGAUUGAAGGUUUCAGGUUCUUUUCUCCUACUUUGCAUGCUGAGAAUGAUGUAUAUAAUAAUAUUUUUUCUUUAUGACUUACAGCUUCAUAAAUGUCAGGUAUACUUGUAUAAAUACAUAAAUGUAUAGAUUAUUCCAUUCUCAGCUGCAUGGUUUUUGGUAAAAAUAAAUAAGUACAUACAUAUUUAUAUGCCAAGUUGCUCAUUCAGCGAUGAUAGACGGAAAGCAUUUCUAAAUUUAAUUGAAAGAGCGCUACAAGGUAGGAGAAAAGAAUAUCUUCAUUAAUUUCUAUGUAAUUAAUGUGUACCAAUAUUUAGAAUACAUGGUUGUUUGAAAGUAAGAUAUCUGUUCACUAAAAUGUUGAUGACUAGAAGUAGAGAGGUGAAUCAUGCAUCUUUCUAAAGGAAAAUCUUUUUAACUUGCAUGACUAUUAAAAAGUAUGGCUUCAUAGCUCAUUUCACAGCCAUACUCUUUGGAGCCAUACACCUCUUUAAAAGAAAUGCAGCAAUAUCAAUUCAGAAAGUUCUCAUAGCAUUGAAACUGCUUUAUACAAAAUCGUCGAUACGAAAAAUUAAUUAGAUUAUCUGCAAAUCUAAAAGGUAUUAUUACCCAUUCUUGUCUUUUUCUUCCUUACAAAG